AUUUAUGAUCAAGGCUGCUUGAAAUAAAGGCAGAUAGCUGAUAAUCAAAUGUGCGUUUCCACAUAGUACACAAAAGUGUGAGCCACAGGGAGUGGCAUAGAGGAUCCAGUGUAUUGUAGGCCAUAUUCAGAGGACAGAGGAAUAGGACACCGCUGUUACUCCUGUUCUCUCACAUCAAGGACAACAGCUUGCAUCACCAAAGUAACAGGUGAGAUUAUCUACAACACCGACGACAGGUCAGAUCUUGCUUCCUGAAAGGUUUAACAAUCUGCAGCAAAAAUGGGGUGCUUUGGAUUCCUCAAAGUCAUUAUGUUUAUUUUCAAUGGAGUUAUCUUUCUGGCAGGUGCCGCCAUCCUUGCAGUUGGGAUUUGGGUGAAGGUGGACAGUGGCUCCAUUCUCAGUUUCCUUGGAAAAAUUGAUGGUGCACCUGCAGGGGUCACUCAGGUGCUCAAUGUAGGCUACCUGCUGAUUGCAGUAGGAGCAGUUCUGCUUGUCAUUGGAUUUCUCGGCUGUUGGGGAGCCGCCAGAGAGAGCAGGUGUAUGCUGCUUCUGUUUUUCACCAUAGUCCUGCUGGUGUUCAUAGCAGAGAUUGCUGGAGCUAUAGUCAUCUUGGUUUUCAAACCGUUGGUAAAAGAUUUGACUGACAAACUGGGCACCAGUGCAGUUCAGAGCAUCAAGGCAGACUAUGGGAAAGGCAAUGAUGUCACAGGACUGUGGAACAUUACAAUGAUGACGUUAACUUGCUGUGGAUUCAACAACUACACAGACUUCAGUGACUCUCCAUACUACAAAAACAACAACAAUGAAUUCCCACCACAGUGCUGCUCAGGUUCUAAAAAUUCUUGUAAUUCUACAAUGGCUGAAACCACGGGAGUGUCUGGAUGCUUCUCAAAGCUACAGAAGCUCAUUAAUAACAACAUAGUGAUUAUUGCUGCAGUAGCGCUGGGAAUUGCAGCUUUGGAGAUAUCCGCCAUGGUUGUCUCCAUGAUCCUUUACUGCAAAAUAGGAUCAAAGAUGGGCUAAAAGUCAGUUGGAGAGGGCUUUAGAAGGGUUUUUAUUCAUCACUGGAACCUUCCUAGUACUGUACCUUUACUGCGUCUGGAGGACUGAAGAAGCACACCAUUACCUAAAUACAGACAGCAUAUAGCAGUCCUUCUGUAAUCACAAUUAUUGAUUUCCAUAAUAAAUUAUGAAUCUUGGUUGCUAACUCUCACAAACAAACCACACCACUUUAUAAAAAAGGAUCCACAUUGUCACUAUUUCACAAGAGGAACUCUUGGAACAUAUUUAAUAACUUACUUCAUGAUCAUUGGUUUUAGCACAAUAAUGGAACAUAGAUGGAUCAAUGUGUAAUGUAGGAAUGAAUAUGAAUGUUGAUGCCAUGAUGCAGCUUGCACAAUAGCAACAAAGACUAUACUGUACAUUAAUGCAUGUUGUAUAAGAUUAACUUUAAAAAUAAUAAAAUUCAUGUAUUUAUCAA